CAUUGUCAAAGAUCUACCUUUUAUAAAUUGGACAUGAAAAUCAAACCAGUUUAAACCAAAAAAAUGGAUACUCACAACUUUUCCAAAGAAGAAGAGACAAUAAAAGAGGAGAAUGAGUUCAAUGGUAUUACCAAAGAAUGUAAGCAAUUACUAAUUUCCCUUCCUAAAGUUAAAGGAUGGAGAACUCAAAAUCUCUAUCUAUUUCAGAGUUUUUGGUGUCAACCAAAGGAAAUUCAAGCCAUCAUUUCCAGCCAAACACACUUUGAAGCUCAAGAUAGUGAUGUGAUAAUAGCCACGGUUCCAAAAUCCGGCACAACUUGGCUCAAAGCUCUUGUUUUUGCCAUCAUUAGUCGACAUCGUUUCGAUCUUAACUCUAAAGAUCAUCCUUUAUUAAGGUCUAACCCACAUGAUCUUGUACCAUUCUUAGAGUACAAAGUGUAUGCAAAUCAACAAAUCCCAACUUUGUCAAAUCUUGAUUCUCCAAGGUUUUUUGCUUCUCAUGUUCCUUACCAUUCUUUGCCUAAAACUAUGACCAAAAACAACUCAAAUUGCAAGAUUGUUUACAUAUGUAGGAACCCUUUUGACACUUUUGCUUCAAUUUGGCAUUUUAUGAAGAAAAUAAGGCCUAAAUACCUUGGACCUUUCUCAUUGGAAGAAGCCUUUGAUAUGUAUUGUAAAGGUGAAAUAGGGUAUGGACCAUAUUGGGACCAUAUGUUAGGGUAUUGGAAAGAAAGUUUGAAAUCACCUGAAAAAGUUAUGUUUUUGAAGUAUGAAGACUUAAAAGGGGAUGUUCUUGUUCAAGUGAGGAAAAUAGGUGAGUUUUUUGGGCAUCCAUUUUCGCCUGAAGAGGAAGAAAAUGGAGUUGUUGAGGAGAUUGCUAAAUUGUGUAGCUUCAAAAGUUUGAGUGAUUUGGAAAUUAACAACAAUGGGAAAUCUAUACUAGACUUUGAUAACAAAGGUUUGUUUAGGAAAGGUGAGGUGGGAGAUUGGGUUAAUCUUUUAAGUAAGGAGAUGGUGGAAAGAUUGGGUAAAAUUAUGGAAGAAAAGUUACAUGGUUCUGGCUUGGAGUUCCCACAUGUUUCAAUCGAUUGACGAAAAUUAUACGCUCAAGUCCCUUGAUUUUAUGGUUCAAUUGAUGAAUCAAUAUAGUGAAUACAAGGUUGUUUUUACUAUUUGCCAUAUCUUUGCUAGGUGUUUAUGGAACUAUUAUAGCAGGUUGGUCUAGUAAUUAUAGGGAGCGGUCGUUGGAUCGCCUAUGAUAUUAGGACCAAUAGGUAAAAAUAACCUUGUUCCAUCAAUGGUCCUCGGUCAACUCGCUCUCUCCCGUCUAGUGAUUUAAUGAAAGGAAUUCAUGGAGACUCAUUUUCUAGGAAAAAAUCUGAAAAUAAGAAAGAGAUUAUUCCCUAAGAGUUUGUCUAGUACCAAUGUACCAUCUAUAUUGAAUAUAAGGUUUGUUUACUAAGCCAUUAUUUUUCUAUAUUUUUUUUAUUUAUUUUGCUUAAUAUCUCAAAUAGUACAAUGUAAUCCUCGGUGAUAUCAUUUUUAUUAUUGUAUUUAUAUGUUAUCGUUAA